UUGGAUUGGAGUAAUGGACAUAAUGUUUAUUUAAGCGAAAGGACGACUGGGACUUAAAAGCGUUGGAACAGCUUGAAAAUUGAAAUGCUACAAAAUGGAGCCAAUGGCCUUGGGAUCCCCAACCACGACUCCUUCUCAGUCUCCAAAUAACGCAGGAGCUAAUUCAGCUUAUUUACCAGGAUUCCUGCUCGGAGAUAACAAUGUGCAAACCAGAAUAGGAGUAAUAACUCCUGAAUCGUCUCGUUUUGUGCACGCAAGUCCCGGAAACUCGCAUUCUCCUGUAUCUAGUUAUUCACCUAAUGAAUAUAGAUUAAAUAGGCAGAAAGCAAUGUUUGGAGGAGGUAACAUUGCAAAUAUAUCGCAAAUGGGCAUUGAAAAUCAUGUUGGUGGACCUCCAAUAAAAUCUCUCUAUGAAAGUUUGGAAACAAGACGACAGUCAUUAGGAACUUCAUAUAACUCUUCGAUAAAUAAUCAAAGUAUGAACCAAUCGAGACUCUUAGGAGCAGGAUUUUGCAAUAAUACUUUAAAUUCUCCGACCUGUGAUACACCAAUUAAUACUACGCACAACGAAUCUACGCAAGGACUACUGCAAUGGGUCACAGUUUUUGGGUUCCCUACAAGUGCUUUAAAUACAGUUUUAUCGCAUAUUUCAAGCAGAGUAAGGGUCAUUGAUAAACAUCCUGCACCACAUGCACAGAGCAAUUGGAUCCAUUUAAAAUGUUCGACUGAACAGGAAGCUCAACGAGCUCUCGCUUGCAAUGGAAAUAUUGUUUCUGGCUCCAUUAUGAUAGGUAUUAUUCCUUGUACAGAUGAAGGCGUUAUUCUUGGUGCAGAUAAGGAAUGUCGGACAAAAUCGAAUGUUAGUGCGAGAUUAUUUUCUACACCAUCAAAGGGUACAUGUAUUUCUGGAUUAAAUACAUCUAGAACCCCGGUUAGAGUUCAAAAUGCUCGACCUUUGGUUUCGGGUUACAAUCAACAUUUGAAUUCACAAGCUGUUAGAUCACCAGAGAAUGUUCCACAUAAGUCAACAGAUUUAGUUUCAAAAACACUUGAAUACGUCUUUAGAUGGUGAAAAUAAUUUUAAUAUUGAUGGUAUCGAACAACAGUCGGUAAAUAAGUAUUGUAAUUUAUGUUGAAAAGUUAUUAUCGAUUCCUCUCUUGGAAUCUAAAAUUAUAAUUUUUUAAAAUGAAU